AGGCUGGGCGGGAGUGUGUGAGAACAGACUUCCUGGGCGAAGAGUCGGGGCGCAGAGUCCGCGUUGCUGGUUCCCUGUCGGGGGCAGAACGCCAGUCCCAAGUCCUCACCAACCUAAAUUGGCUUGGGUACAACCACGGGUCCGCUUUACACCGAUUUAAGGAAAUCGAAAUUCUAAGAAACAUUGGACGCCCAUUACUGGCGCUCCGGAGAGGAGCUGGGGCCCCUACGGGAGAGGCCGGGAGGAGCACCAGGAUCACUGGCCCAGUGAUUCCCCGCCCUAGCUCACCGGACACCCCGCCACACCUCCAACUGUCCUCUUCCCCAGCCUCCAACUCGCCGGCGCCGUUCCCCAGCCGCUUCCCAUCGCAGCCAGAAAGCCACAACGAAAUUUGGUCUUCGAGAGCACUUAGGCGGGGCCCACAACGAAUCCGGGAGUCGUCAGGCUGGACCCAUCGGGAGGCGAAGAGUAGGGGCUGUGGGAGGCGGCACCUGCAAGGAAGUUGGUGAGGCAGAGGAAACCCAGAGGCGGAGGCCAGUGAGGAUGGAGUCCUUGCGCAUCUCGGCUGACUCAGCGCGCAGCGGCCCGAGCUCUGGCCCCUCCCGUGCAAGUUCAUAACACACUCGCCACCUUCCCCCCUCCAACACCCUCACCACUCCCGCCGGCCAGUCUUGCCCGCGCUUGGAGCAAACAGGCGUCUCUUCCCCUUUAACGGGCCCGGCCCCGCCCCUGCCCUACCCCCAGCCCCCACUGCCCACCCAAGACUGAUCUGUCAGUCACUGCCCCAGCCCAAGUCAGCCAACCCUCUCCACCCCGGACUCGGGCAGAGGCCCUGGCAGUCCAGCGUCCAUCCGCGCUUCAGAGUCAGGAAGGGCGCUCCUGGGGCCCCAGUCGGUCGCGCUCCCCGGGAUGCGAGUCCCUGCGCCAACACCCGGCAGAGGCCGGCACGCGCUGGGUUACUCCCAGUACAUAGGGAUGAAGAUGUCCUGGGCGUCCCGGCGCCUCUCUGCGGCCAGCCCGGCAGGUCCCUGAAGCCACCGCCCUAAACGCUCCGCUGCUGGGCUCCCAAAGCUGUUUGGGGGCCCCUCUCUAACCGCCAAACCUCCUGAGGUCCUCUUUGACCCGGACCCAUGGAACCGGGGGUGCUGGCCUCGCACAACCUCCCGCACCACGAGCCAAUCAGCUUCGGCAUCGAUCAGAUCCUGAGCUGCCCGGAACCCCCCGGGAGCGGCCUAGGCCCGGGUCGCGCGGGCCAGGGCCAUGGAGAGAGUGCGGCGUUCUCGGGUGGAUUUCAUGGAGCCUCAAGCUACGGCCCCGCGGCCUCGCUGGCCCCGGUACCAGGCAGCUCUGGUGUUGGCCCGGGCGGCGUGAUCCGCGUCCCGGCGCAUCGUCCUUUGCCAGUGCAGCCGCCCGCGGGAGGCGCACCUGCAGUUCCUGGACCUUCGGGCUUGGGCGGCGCCGGGGGCCUAGCGGGACUCACCUUCCCUUGGAUGGACAGCGGCCGCCGCUAUGCCAAGGACCGGCUCACGGCGGCGCUCUCGCCCUUCUCCGGGACGCGUCGUAUAGGUCACCCCUACCAAAAUCGGACCCCCCCAAAGCGGAAGAAGCCGCGCACAUCCUUCUCCCGCUCGCAGGUGCUGGAGCUGGAGCGGCGCUUCCUGCGCCAGAAGUACCUGGCCUCGGCCGAGAGGGCGGCGCUGGCCAAGGCCCUGCGCAUGACCGACGCGCAGGUCAAGACGUGGUUCCAGAACCGGCGCACCAAGUGGCGGCGCCAGACGGCCGAGGAGCGCGAGGCGGAGCGGCACCGCGCGGGCCGACUGCUUCUGCACCUGCAGCAGGACGCGCUGCCUCGGCCGCUGCGGCCGCCGCUGCCCCCGGACCCGCUCUGCCUGCACAACUCGUCGCUCUUCGCGCUGCAGAACCUGCAGCCCUGGGCCGAGGACAACAAGGUGGCUUCCGUGUCCGGGCUUGCUUCAGUGGUGUGAGCGACGCCUGCCCGACCGACCGACCGAGCGCUCUUUUCCGGACCGAGGCGCCUCGUGGAGCCCCGGAGCUGGGGCCUAGGAGCGCAUGGCCGCCCACGCCGUGGUUCUGUAGCAGUGGAGCGUGUGAGGAGGAGCUGGCUUUGAGGCUAUCGUCGAGGGCUCCUCGGCCACCGAGGGCUCCUCGGCCACCGCCGGUUCGCAGGCCAACGUUUCACAAUUGCCCCGAGCGCUUAAAUGCGACCUUUCCCGCCAU